ACUUAAGUCACUAAAAAGUGUUUCUUUUUUGAAAAUCAUAUAGGAUUUUUCAGUAUUAAAUUGAAAAAUCUAUAUCGGAUUCGAAACUAAAUAAAAUUAUAAAUUUCUAAAUCUAUUAAGAUACAUACACAAACAUCUCUAAAAGUUGAUAGAUUUUUCUUUAAAAAAAACAUGUGGACUUCUCAUAGUUAUCACAAUAUCUCUAAUUGGUCUAAAUACAUACAAUUAUAUUUUCUUUCUCUCAACGCCUGUAAUUUCUUGAAUCCUCUCUGUCUUCUCUUGUGGAAAAGACCAAAGAGAUAGAAAGAGACAAAAGAACGCAUUAAUGUUUACAUAAAGCACGUAAUAACAACAAAUUAUUACGUAAUAAUUAAUAUAAAAUUUAAUCACUUCCAAAUAUAUACACCAAACACCCCCAAAAAGACAAUUCACCCUUUCUUUCUUUCUUUCUUUAUAUAUCUAAUUUUCAUAACACAUAAAAAUACUUAUAUAUACAAAUAUACACUCUUACAAACAUCGUAUACAUCAAGUAAUAGAGAAAACAAGUCCUCUUUUUCCUCCUUAGAGUUCCCGUCUUCCUUCCGAAUAUGGACGGUGGUGGAGAGACGUCGACAGCGGCGAAGGAGGCGAGAGGGCUGAAGAAAGGUCCAUGGACGACGACAGAGGAUGCGAUCUUGACGGAGUACGUGAGGAAACGCGGUGAAGGUAACUGGAACGCGGUGCAGAAGAACUCAGGCUUGCUCCGGUGUGGGAAAAGCUGCCGUCUACGGUGGGCGAACCAUCUCCGGCCAAAUCUAAGAAAAGGAUCCUUUAGUCCUGAUGAAGAGAAGAUCAUCAUCGAGCUUCACGCUAAGUUGGGUAACAAAUGGGCUCGUAUGGCUUCUCAGUUACCUGGAAGAACGGACAACGAGAUCAAGAACUAUUGGAACACGAGGACGAAGAGAAGACAACGAGCUGGUUUGCCUUUAUACCCUCACGAGAUUCAGCAUCGAGGGAUUGGUAAUGAUGAUGAGUUUGAGUUUAGUUCCUUUCAGUUCCCAAACCAAGACCAUCCUAAUCACCAAAAUCUGAUUCAAUACACUAAUUCCUCUAAUAAUUCAUCAUCCUCGUCUUCAUUCUCUUCAUCAUCUUCUCAACCUCCAAAAGAGCUGUGUUUAAAUCCCCUAAUCUCUACUAAUCCCGGCCUUAACCAGAUCCCCAAUAUGUUCUCUCCUUACAACAAUAGCUUUGAGAAUGACAAUAACCAGUUUGGUUUCUCUCUUCCUUUUUCCUCAUCCUCAUCGUCGAAUGAGUUAUGUAAUCCCGACCAACUUCUUGAACUCAUGUCAGAGAAUUUGGACACAAACGUUAUCAGUAAGAAAGACAUUGACGCUACGAGUCUUAUUAGAGAUCAUGAGACGAUACCGAGUUAUUUCUCUUUAGGACUAGACACUACCGUCCUAGAGCUUCCUUCAAACCAAACACCGACUCAAUCGUGCACUUCUAAUAUUAUGCUUGACAAUAAUGUCCAUCUUGAUUCACCUGCGGGGAACAGUGGAUUACUUGACGCCCUCUUGGAGGAAUCUCGAGCCUUGUCUCGCGGCGGAAUCUUCAGGGACGCUAGGGUUUCUUCGAGUGGUCUAUGUGAGGAUCAAGACAAGAGAGUGAAGAUGGAUUUUGAGAAUCGGUUGAUAGAUCAUCUAAGCUCUUCUCAUCAAUCAUCAUUUGAAUCAAACUCUAAUCUUUACGAGAAGCACAAUGACGCAACGAUGUUGAAGGCAACAGUGGAUGAUGAUGACGACGACAUGUUGAAGAGCCUUCUCAACAGUUUCCCUUCAACCACACCGUUACCUGAUUGGUACCAGACGACAGAGAUCCUAAAGGAGGCCUCACCGAGUGGAAUAUUGAUAGGACACCAUCAGGGUAAUAACAGGGUGGAGCCACACAAGCCACCACCUUCUUCCAAUGUAGAUCCUAUGGCCUCCUUAGGGUCAUCAUCCUACUGGGGAAACAUACCUAGAAUCUGCUAGUAUGAAGCCUCCCCAUGAGCAGAAUUAUUUAUUUAGUAUUGGAAAGAAGAAACAAAAAGAGCUAUUGUGAGCUUAAUCGUCUCUGGCUGUGAUAAAUCUUCUUUAUGUUGUUUAUUCUGUUUGGGAUGUGCUAAGAACUCUAUGUUAACAUGUUUUCAAGACACCAAAAAAAAGCAAAUGAGAAAUUCAAAUGAAA